ACACACACAGUGAACCUCUCUGAGGGGAAAUGAUGAGCAAGAGUUUUAAGCAAAAUGAAUACAAAAGUGGUUAAUGUGCAACUGGGGGGCAACUUACAGUACAUCCAUGUGAUGUGCUGAGGUGAACUUUUGGCUUUUGCUAAGCCGGAGAAAAACCGUGGCAGUGGAUUAGUCAUUACUGAGGCUUUUGUUCACAACUCCUUAUGAGCUUUUUACCCCCUCCACAUUUUGUUGCUGCUAACAUGUUGACACGGCAGGUCACUUUGCUACUGAGAUGACCUCGUUCCACAUGGAGCCCAGAAGGCAGUCCAAAAGUGGAAGCCUGUGGUCGAAGAUUAAGAAAGGAGGCCACGGUCGUGGAGAGCAGCAGCCAGAUUAGAGUCACUGAAGGCAACAGCAAACAUCAAUACAGGAAAGAGCAGGUGUGUCCAAAGGAGAGAGACGGACCAUCUUUCCGCAACACUCAACACCUGGUUGCCACAAAGAUGAACAAUGACAGACGCUCAUUUAGAAAUAUCAACAAAAAACCCGGCCUUCAAAUAUGGUCCAUUAACGACAUGCAGAUGUCACCGGUCCCAGCGAGAAGUUAUGGCAACUUCUUCGAAGGAGACUGUUAUAUUGUGCUGAACAUAAGGGAGAGCAAAUACUCCACCCAACUGGCAUCAGACAUCCACUACUGGAUCGGAAAAACAUCUUCGCAGGAUGAACAAGGCGCAGCGGCCAUUUUGGUCACCCAAAUAGACGACCACUUGGGCGGUCUUCCCGUCCAGCACAGGGAGGUGCAGGGAUAUGAGUCGAUUCGAUUCAAGAGCUAUUUCAAAAAUGGAAUCAUCUACAAAAAGGGUGGGGUGGCUUCUGGCUUCAAACAUGUGGUCACAAAUUCCUACAAUGUGUUGCGGCUGCUCCAUGUCAAAGGGAGAAAGAACGUUAUCGCAACCGAGGUGGAUGUUUCAUGGGCCAGCUUCAACAAUGAUGACAUAUUUCUGCUGGACGUGGGGAAGGCCAUUGUGCAGUGGAGCGGACCUCAGAGCAACAGGAAGGAGAUGCUCAAGGCAAUCUUGCUGGCUCAGGACAUACGGGACCGGGAGCGAGGGGGGCGUGCACAGAUUGGAAUUGUGGAGGGUGGACACGAGCAGGACUCCCCGGAGUUGAUGAAGAUCAUGACCUCAGUUCUUGGCCCCAAACCUUCCCAGUUGAAGAGAGGCACUCCUGAUGACCAGGCCGACGGCAUGUUCACCGACAUCAUCCGCCUGUAUCAUGUUUAUGAACAGAGCGGCAACCUUGUAGUUCAAGAGGUGGCGGUGCAGCCUCUGACUCAGGACCUGCUGCUCUCCUCCGACUGUUAUAUAUUGGACCACGGUGGCUCCUGUGUCAUGGUGUGGAAAGGGAAGAAUGCCUCGCCUGCAGAGCGAAAGGGAGCCCUGAACAGAGCAGUGGGCUUCAUCAAGGCCAAGAACUACCCUUCAAUCACCAGGGUGGAGGUGAUGGCAGAGGGAGGUGAGUCUGCCAUGUUCAAACAAUUGUUCCAGUCCUGGACCGAAAAAGGACAAACACAUGGACUCGGAACCACCCACAGCUUCGGCAAGAUCGCAAAGGUUGACCAAGUCAAGUUCGAUGUGAUGCAGCUUCAUGCUCGUCCGGAACUGGCAGCAUAUCAUCGCAUGGUGGACGAUGCCUGUGGAGACGUGAAGGUCUGGCGUAUAGAGAAGCUGGAACUCGCAGAGGUGAAACCACGAACUUACGGACAGUUCUAUGGUGGAGACUGCUACCUGGUGCUGUACACCUACCAGAAGGCAGGACAGCCGCAGUAUAUUAUCUACAUGUGGCAGGGUCGCCAUGCUACUCAGGACGAGAUCACGGCAUGUGCUUUCCAGGCGGUCAACAUCGACAACCAGUUCAAUGGAGCACCGGUCCAAGUCAGAGUUGUCAUGGGAAAGGAGCCUCGUCAUUUUCUGGCCAUUUUCAAAGGCAAAUUCAUCAUCUUUGAGGGGGGCACAGGCCGCAGCAGUGGAGCCUACUUGGACUCUGGAGUCAAGCUCUUCCAGGUCAGAGGGACGGAUGAGAUGAACACUAUGGCCACCGAAGUCCCACCGAAAGCUGCUUCCCUCAACAGCAACGAUGUUUUCUUGCUGAAGACCAAUCACAUUUGCUACCUGUGGUACGGAAAGGGUUGUAACGGAGAUGAGAGGGUGAUGGGUAGAUCCAUAUCAGAUGUGAUCUCCAGACAAGAGAAACAGGUGGUGACGGAGGGUCAGGAACCUCACGAAUUCUGGAUCUCUUUGGGAGGAAAAGCUCCUUAUGCCUGUGGCAGAGAAUUCGAGGAGGAGAAGCCUGCUUACAGUCCCCGGCUGUUUGAGUGCUCCAACCAGACCGGUCAGUUUCGGAUGACUGAGGUGGGCGACGUUGCUCAGUGCGACCUGGACGAGGAGGACGUGAUGCUGCUGGACACUUGGCAUGAUAUUUUCUUGUGGGUUGGAAAGUUGGCCAACGAAGUGGAAACCAGGGAGUCUUGGAGAAGCGCUGUGGAAUAUCUGAGGAGUCACCCAGCCGGCCGCGACCCGGACACACCAAUCAUAUUUGUCAAGCAGGGACAUGAACCACCCACCUUCACCGGCUGGUUCAACGCCUGGGAUCCUCUCAAGUGGAGUGAAGGAAACUCCUACGAGGCACUGAAACUAAAGCUGAGUGACACAGCAGCCAUCUCUCAGAUCACACUUGAACUGGGCAACACUGAUCUGACCACGACGGAUGGGUACAGAGCUCCAGGAGGUCCCACAAGCCCUAUUCCAUUCUACAGGGUCCACGGGGAUGUGUCUGCCAGGCGGUCCAAUCCUUCCAGUCCGUCCACCCCCAGAGUCCAACACUUCGUUCCACUGUCCCCCAUUAGAAACUACAGUCCAACCCAACCACGUGCCAAGGCCUUCAGCCCAGAGCAUCUCCUUGGUAAGGAUCCAAGUGAGCUGCCCGAGGGAGUGGAUGCCACCCAGAGAGAGGUAUAUCUGUCCGAUGAGGACUUUGAAAACGUGAUCGGGACCAGCCGCGCUGACUUCCUGCGUCUGCCCAAGUGGAGGCAGGACGACCUGAAGAAGAAAGCAGGGAUUUUCUAAUAAUAACUUGAUGUACAACAGGGAUCAUUUAGUUGAGUUCCUUCUGGCUCUAAACAAGAUUUUCAUCUGCCAUAUUAAUUAUUUAUACCGCGUUGCUCACUCCGCAUGAAUUGUUCCAUUGAUUCUGUCUUUAAUUGUACCUAUAUUUUAAUAUAUAAUCACUGUUUUCUAUUUUAUGAGCAUUUGACUCAUGAAUAAACACAAAGCACAUG